CCUCGCGGCCGGCCGGCCGCCCCGCCCCCGCCUCCAGCGAGUGUGGCCUCGGCUUGCGGCAGCACCAGCUGACAGCCGCAGUGGUGAGGUCUGGUGUGGUGGUCAGGAUGGCAGAGGAGCAGGAGUUCACUCAGCUGUGCAAGUUGCCUGUGCAGCCCUCACACCCGCAUUGUGUCAACAACACCUACCGGAGUGCACAGCACUCCCAGGCUCUGCUACGGGGGCUGCUGGCUCUUCGGGACAGCGGCAUCCUCUUUGAUGUGGUCCUCGUGGUGGAGGGGAGACACAUUGAGGCGCAUCGAAUCCUGCUGGCUGCGUCCUGCGAUUACUUCAGAGGAAUGUUUGCUGGAGGAUUGAAGGAGAUGGAGCAGGAAGAGGUCCUGAUCCACGGUGUGUCCUACAAUGCCAUGUGCCAAAUUCUGCAUUUCAUUUACACCUCUGAGUUGGAGCUCAGCCUGAGCAAUGUCCAGGAGACACUCGUUGCCGCCUGUCAGCUGCAGAUCCCAGAAAUCAUCCAUUUCUGCUGUGAUUUCCUCAUGUCCUGGGUGGAUGAAGAGAACAUCCUUGACGUCUACCGGCUGGCAGAGCUCUUUGACUUGAGUCGACUAACUGAGCAGCUGGACGCCUACAUCCUCAAAAACUUCGUGGCCUUCUCUCGGACUGACAAGUACCGCCAGCUUCCCCUGGAGAAGGUCUACUCCCUCCUCAGCAGCAACCGCCUGGAGGUCUCCUGUGAGACCGAAGUGUACGAGGGUGCCCUGCUCUACCAUUACACCCCGGAGCAGGUGCAGGCCGACCAGAUCUCGCUGCAUGAGCCCCCCAAGCUCCUCGAGACCGUGCGUUUUCCCCUGAUGGAAGCUGAGGUCCUCCAGCAGCUGCACGACAAGCUGGACCCCAGCCCGCUGAGGGACACGGUGGCCAGCGCCCUCAUGUACCAUCGCAACGAGAGCCUGCAGCCCAGCUUGCAGGGCCCUCAGACAGAGCUGCGGUCGGACUUCCAGUGCGUCGUGGGCUUUGGGGGCAUUCACUCCACGCCGUCCACUGUUCUGAGUGACCAGGCCAAGUACCUGAACCCCCUGUUGGGAGAGUGGAAGCACUUUACUGCCUCCCUGGCCCCCCGCAUGUCCAACCAGGGCAUCGCAGUGCUCAACAACUUUGUGUACCUGAUCGGAGGGGACAACAAUGUCCAGGGCUUUCGUGCUGAGUCCCGGUGCUGGAGGUAUGACCCAAGGCACAACCGCUGGUUCCAGAUCCAGUCCCUGCAACAGGAGCAUGCCGACCUGUGUGUGUGUGUCGUGGGCAGGUACAUCUACGCGGUGGCAGGCCGCGACUACCAUAAUGACCUGAAUGCUGUGGAGCGUUACGAUCCCACCACCAACUCCUGGUCUUACGUGGCCCCACUCAAGAGGGAGGUGUAUGCCCAUGCGGGCGCCUCGCUGGAGGGGAAGAUGUACAUUACCUGUGGCCGCAGAGGGGAGGACUACCUAAAGGAGACGCACUGCUAUGACCCAGACAGCAACUCCUGGCACAGCCUGGCAGAUGGACCCGUGCGGCGGGCCUGGCAUGGCAUGGCCACCCUCCUGGACAAGCUGUAUGUGAUCGGGGGCAGCAACAAUGAUGCUGGGUACAGGAGGGACGUGCACCAGUUUAAUUCUUGAUCUCCAUAGACACAUCUACCCCGAUGGCUCUGCAGAAUUCUGUCAUGUUGAUUCAUCAUUUGGAUUGGUAAUAUUUCCUUUGCUAAUAUUUGCUUUGUAGAGCUUUUCGGAUAUUUUGGAUUAUUUACUUAGGUGAGAGCCAUUCUUCUCAAAGAGUGGUCCCAGACCACCAGCAUCCACAUCACCUGGAAACUUGUUAGCAAUGCACGUUCCCAGGCCCCACGCCAGACCCAUUGAAUUGGAAGCUCGGGGGCAGGGCUCAGCAAAUCUGUUUUAAUAGGCCCUGAGUGGUGAGAACCCCUGGGCUGCAGUGCAUUAGUUUCCUAUUGCUGCCAUGACAAAUCACCACCAACUAAAUCACUUAAACAAAAUAAGCAAGUGUAUUCUUACAGUUUGUAUUCUGAAGUCGGAUUCAGUUUCACCAGGCUAACAUCCAGGUGUCAUCAGGGCAUCUGUCCUUUAUAGAGGCCCUCGGGGAGAAGCUGGCUCCUUGCUCACUCAGGUUAUCAGAAUUCAGUUCCCUGCAUUUGUAGAACUGAGGUCCCUGUUUCUCUGCUGGCUGUCAGCUAAAGGCCCUUCUUGGCUUCUGGCGGCCUCUGCAUUCCCUGGAAUGGGGCUGCUUCAUCCCCAGCCAGCAAUGGCCAGGUUGUCCUUUGACUUCUCUCCUGUUAGACUCCCCCCCCCUCUCCUUUCAAAGACUCGUGCAAUUAGGUGGGUCCACCCAGAAAACCUAAGGUAACCUUCCCAUCUCAAGGUCCAAACCCUUAAGCAUGUUUGCCAAGUUCCUUUUGCCAUGUAAAGUAACUGUCACAGGUUUUAGAGAUUUAGGGCAUGGGCAUCUUUGGAGGGUCACUUUCCUGCCAACCACAGCUGGAGAACCAAGUGUGAUUAUUAAGUCUAAAAGAUAAGAUUUUUGUGGCUCUUAGUACCUAUUGCCAAAUAGCUGUCCUGGAAUGUCAGACAAAUGCGCAGUAGUAUGGCUUCAUUAGACAUUUUCCAGCACUGGGUCCUGUGAUUUUUCUCUCCCCAGUGGGUGCUGGUUGUCAGGGACAAAUUUAACUCCUGCUUUACAUUUCUUGGGUUAUUAGUAGGCUGAACAUUUCCCCACGUAUUUGUUUACUGUUUGGGGUAAUUUUGGAGGCAUGAGAACAUUGCUGGUCAUCUCGAGUCAGCAAGUUAACUAUUUCCACAUUUUAUCUGCACUUCCCUCUGGUGUUGGGUGCUAUGGGUGGGGAGGAGUUACUCGGGGUCCCUGUCC